CAGGUUUGAUUGGAAAGAGAGAGGCAAAAACACGCUGCAAUCAAACCAUUUCUGAAAUCUAUUAGCUUUCCAAUGUUUCAAGAUUUCCACUUCACCGUGUCAGUGGAGAGAGAGUGAGACGGUCGAUGUCUGUGAAGCAUGAAAGAUAUUCACAGCUAUUGUGCCUGUAGACGGUGGCCACGCCCCCAUCCUGACAUCCAGCCUGUGAUUGGUCAGUAUCCUGAAUUCCAGCAACAGCUCUUGGGUGUCUCCUCCCACUUUUUGUCUCCACAAAGAGCUCAGCGCUGAAUGAAGUGAAUCAGCCUCAGACUGUUAGAACAGUAAGAACCUUUUCUCCCCGUCUCUCUCUCUCCGUCUGUCUCUUCAAUCCCAUCUCUCCUUUUCUCUCUCCAUUUCUCCUCUUCUCUAUCUCACACACACAGACAAAUGCCAUUAUAUACUAUCCGUCCAUCCAUCCAUCCAUUCAUCCACUGCACAGUCCAGUAAAGGAUCAGCUAGACAGGGAAAAGCAACAGAUCAUGCUCUCUGAAGCAGAUCCAGCACAGCUCUGAGACAUCAGCCUCUGGGAUGAGACUCCAUCCAUCCUAAUUCUCUGUCCUGAAGACCUGGACAAAAACAAAACAAGGACAUUGCAGGCACCAGAAACUCUGGACAUAACAUCUGGAAAGGAUUCUCGAACCCAAACCAGGUCCACAGGGACUUCCGAGGGUGCUUUGGUGUUUGUUUUUCUGUCUUGUACGGGGCUGGCGAAGGGGCCGGUGAAAGUUAGCCAAGACGCCGCGUGCUGUGCUCCGCGUGAAGAAUGCCCAGGCGCGCCUGCCCAAGCCGGUGGACACGGCGCCGGCACCUACGCCGGGCCUUUACAUGGAGCGCUCGCAGAGUCGCAUCAGCUUGUCUGCUUCCUUUGAGGCCCUGGCCAUCUACUUCCCCUGCAUGAACUCCUUUGAUGAGGACGAUGGCGACCCAGAGGGCCGCAGGUUAAAGGGCAUUCAGAGAAGUACAGAGACAGGGCUGGCCGUAGAGAUGCCCAGUCGCACAGUCCGGCAGGCGAGCCACGAGUCCAUCGAGGACAGCAUGAACAGCUAUGGCUCGGAGGGAAAUCUGAACUACAGUGGAAUGUGUUUAGCAUCAGAUGCCCAGUUUAGUGACUUUCUGGAUGGGAUGGGACCUGCUCAGUUUGUGGGCAGACAGACACUAGCUACAACUUCAUUGGGAGAUGUUGAGAUCGGUCUAAUGGAGAGGAACGGACAGCUGGAGGUGGAGAUCAUUCAGGCUCGAGGACUCAUCAUGAAGCCUGGAUCUAAGGGCCCUCCAGCUGCCUAUAUUAAAGUCUACCUUCUGGAAAACGGCAUCUGCAUUGCCAAAAAGAAGACGAAGUCCGUCCGGAAAUCGUUAGAUCCCCUUUACAAUCAAGUCCUUGUUUUUUCAGAGAGCCCGCAGGGGAAGGUUGUACAGGUCAUCGUUUGGGGAAACUACGGCCGGAUGGAUCGUAAAUGCUUCAUGGGCAUGGCCCGCAUCCUAUUGGAGGAGCUGGAUUUGACAAACAUGGUGAUUGGCUGGUACAAGCUUUUCCCCACCUCUUCUAUGGUGGAUCCUACGAUGGCUCCGCUGAUCCGCCACUGCUCACAGCUGUCUCUGGAGAGCACCGUCGGGCCGUGCUGUGAACGCUCAUAAGACUAACAACUCCACUAGAUUUAUUUUUCUCUGGAAGGGCUCUCACAGCCCCCGAUCCUAAGAGUGCUGGCUGUGCAUGACUGCGGCACCGGAACCCUCUGGAAUGUUCUAGAAUUUCUUCAGAACAAAUGACCUUUCUGCAAUAUUCCAGAAUUGACCACAGAGGGAAUGCUCUUUUUCAGCCUCCGAGACCAAGAUUUCAGGACAGGCAAAGAAUGCAGGCCAGACGUCUGGGCUUUAUUUUAGCUUUCAACACAUUAGCUUGUGAUGGUCUGUAUGAGGAAACAUCCUCAAGUUAGAUCUGAUUUCCAGAAAGCAGGUAAAUGUUUGUGCAGUCAUCAUGUUGGGUGCUGCAGUGGAUUGGAUGAAACGGAUGGGUUCGUGCAAUAUGACAUCCAAUAGAGACAAGAAUGUAUCGGUAAUAAAAGGGCGGUUUUGCAUUCAUUUUCUUGUGUAAGGAACAAUACAAGAAUAGAUAUACAUCUUAAAAAGAUUCAAUAUGUGUAGUUUGAAAAGAGUCGAUGAUUUCGUUUGCACACAGAUCUUUUUCUGUUUGUGUCUCUUCCGUUUCAUCUUUCUCAUUACUCAACAGUGCCAAUGCUGCCAGCGAGUGGCUUUAUUUGUGGUUAGUGUCGAUAUUCAGUGAUAUGAAUCAGUAAUCUAAGCAGACACAUAUUUAAAAAGACAAAUUUUACACACUCUUCUCCUGAACGGUGACAUAAUCCUGAUGAGGAAUUUUUAAUGUCAUUGUAUGCUUUUCACCAUUAAUAUUAUAUGGGAAAAUUUAAAUGGAUGCAAGAUGCUGAAGUAACAUAGUGAUUAUAUAAUAAAUGUGAGUAAAUUAUAUACUUACAGUUAGUGGUCGACAGAUAUGAUAUGAUCAAUGGCUGAAACCAAUAUCUAGAGAGCAGAGUGACAUAAACAGACAUGUUAUAUACAUAAUAUAAAUGCCAUGUACAUGAAAUGGGUGAAUUUAAAUGAACACACUUUUAGAAAAAUAUUGAAACGAGAGAAAUCUGUUCUAUCCAUUAAUAAGGUUGUGUUUUUGACCACUUAUGUUAAAUAAAUAAA